UUCUGCAGCUUCCUUCUUUUCUCUUUCCCUCCCCACUCUCUCCCCCCUCUUCUCACAGAUUCAAAACAAAACUUGAAUACAUCUGCUUUUCCCUUCUCUCUUAAGCGCAGAGACACGCAAGAACCCGCAUAUAAAUCGUUUUAAUGCCUCUGCUUCUCCCUCUUUCUCUGUGUCUGUAAAGAUCUUUGUUUCUAUCAGUGGUAAGAGCAGAAAGUUUUGUGUCCCAGAUCCCAAUAUACGGCUUCUCUCUUUCCCUCUUUCUCUAGCCAAAAAAACGAUAAAACUGUCUGCUUCUCUCUCUCUUGGCAAAACACGAUCUCCCACCAAAGCUUCCCUUCUCCUAUUCGUGUCUUAGAGUGGUCCUCAACUCUCUCACCUUGUCCUCUCUUUAUAAUUCGCUGCCUAGUCUUCAACCCCUUUUGCUCUGUGACCUUGCAGUGACUUCAUUCAUAUCAGGAUAUGCAAUCAGAACCAAGCUUGGGAAUGAUGGGUGGUGGGUUUAACGGAGACGUAGCUUCCGGUGACCACCUCCGGCAACUCAAGGCCGAGAUAGCCGCCCACCCUCUCUAUGACCAGCUUCUCGCUGCACACGUCUCUUGCUUACGUGUCGCCACUCCCAUCGAUCAGCUUCCACUCAUCGACGCUCAGUUAUCGCAGUCCCACCACAUCCUCCGAUCAUACGUCUCCCAGCAAGCCCACACCCUUUCUCUCCCCGAGCGUCAGGACCUUGACAAUUUCCUGGCACAAUAUUUGUUAGUGUUGUGUACUUUCAAAGAACAGCUUCAGCAACAUGUCAAAGUCCAUGCCGUAGAAGCUGUUAUGGCCUGCCGUGAUAUUGAAAAUACCCUACAAGCUCUCACUGGUGUAAGUUUGGGUGAAGGAAGUGGUGCAACAAUGUCAGAUGAUGAGGACGAUUUGCCAAUGGAUUUCUCUUUAGAUCAAUCUGGAGCUGAAGGUCACGACCUGAUGGGAUUUGGUCCACUGCUCCCUACGGAAUCUGAAAGGUCACUGAUGGAAAGAGUUCGUCAGGAACUAAAAAUUGAGCUGAAGCAGGGUUUCAAGUCGAGAAUUGAAGAUGUGAGAGAGGAAAUAUUGAGGAAAAGAAGAGCAGGGAAGUUACCUGGAGACACAACCUCAGUGUUGAAGAACUGGUGGCAGCAACAUUCAAAGUGGCCCUACCCAACUGAAGAUGACAAGGCAAAACUAGUGGAGGAGACAGGUCUGCAGCUUAAGCAGAUCAAUAAUUGGUUCAUCAACCAAAGGAAACGCAAUUGGCACAGCAGUUCUCAAUCGGUCACCUCUUUGAAGUCCAAGCGCAAGAGAUAGAUAUAUGAACCCUACACUUAUGGGAACGAACACCCAAAAUCGCCAUGCUCUAAUUACGACUUUAUGCUAUACUUAGUCUCCCAGAUAUACAUGAUGGUAUGCGACUGUUCUGUAACUUUUAACUAUGCUGUGUUUGUUAACGAGGCAAAUGGUUUUUAACCCCUCUUGUAUUUUGUAUAUUGGUUAAUUUGCAACGUUUCUGAGUUCUGACCAGCUGAAAAGAGCUUUAGAUAGAGCAUUAACAUAUGGCUCUUGCAGUUGCAAGCUUAGUUUGGCGGCUCAUAGACCGUAUUCAUGAGUCGUGUCAUUUGUGAGUUCAUGAGUUUUCUUACGCUGAUAAAGAAAAAUGCUUCUUCUUCUUCUU